UUGUACAGUCAAGAACAUCAUUUAUUCAACCAGUUGCUGCUCUUUACAAACUGUUUUUUAUUCUUUAUAAUGGAAAAGAAUCUGUAGUUAACAUGCACAUUUGCCAGUGGGCUCUGGGGGGCCGCUAGCAGAAAUAGCCUCUUUUGGAAGUGCAGGACACCAGGAUCCACUAGGGGGUGCUAUUACAACAUGAAUCCUGUAGAUGGGAUUUACUCUUUAAGGUUCUGAAGCACAGAAACCUCUGGCAGCGUAAAGCAAAGCAAAGCAAAAAAAAUAUUACAAAAACAACAGACAGAUAACAUGAGGCAGUUAGAAAUGUAUUUGAAAGCCUAUACAGACAGACUUGUGCCAUGAUGGGAAUCUGAAGUCUUUGUUGAAACCAGAUGUAGAGAGUUAUGCAUUGGUCCACAGUAGUACACAUGAUAUGUUUUACAUUUUCUGCUGUAAGACCCCUGUAAAAAUGGGCCUUUUUAUGAUGGGCAAAAAGGUUGCUGAACUGACGUAUAUUGAAUAUUCUGAAUAAAACAAACACAACCUAAUUGUAUAAGUGUAUAAAGUGUGACCCAUGUGAGAUAUUUGAAGGUUUUACAAGUGCAUACUGCCUCAUACUUAUGUCUGGCUAUAAGGUGCUCUCAGGAAGCCUAUAAGUAUCUUAAAGUAGUUCUACAAAAAAAGAGGUGCUUUAUGUACUUUUAAGGGUCUAAGGUUCCCUGGGAAAGAAUCUCCUGGACUAUACCCAGACAGAAAGCCUUAAACCAAUUUCAGAUUAAGUACGAAAUUGAACUAAAAACAAAUAAAUUAGGGAGAUAACCCCGCUUUCAGGGGAUUGUACGACCUGGUAUCCUGUACUUACACCAAAUUUACUGGUGUUGCAAAAUUACCCAUUAGCCAAAAAAAAUAGUCUCACCCCUCAGCCCCACACAACCUUAUUACCCCCAAAUAAUGGAACAUCCACAACAAAAAUCACAACCCAAUAAAAAAAAAAAAAAAAAAAAUAUUCCCCAUCGGUCAUCCCACAAUUCCGUUAGCGCUGGCUGGCCCUUUAUUAUGCUGACCUGAGAUCAGUUUUUCUGUUCCUAGGGUCUGUGUUGGAGGAGCAGAGAAAAAGGAGCCAGUCUGUACUUGGAGCUGACCCCACAAAGCCCAAGGGUCCACACUUCACUUACACUAGCAGUAGAUUGGAGAAGCUGCAGAAUGGGACAGAUCCGUAUGGCACAGCAAUAAGAAGCAUACAGACAAAGAGAGUUACCAUGAGCUGAAGAAAUUCUGCUCAAAAGGGGAGAAAAAUAAAUGGGUUCGCAUCUCUUUUUUUUCCCCACCAACCCUUCCACCAGAGGGGGUAGGAGUGAACAGGGUGGGAGCAGAACAAGGUAAGGCCGACAUCUUUUACGACUUCUCCAGUAACGAAAGAGAGUGGGAGACACUGAGAAAAACACAGAGGAAAAAAGAGAAGUAGCAGAAUUCUUUUUUUUUUUUUUGCCUUUAACUUUUUUCUGUAUUGAACAAUAAAAAGAACUAAAUCACAUCCAUUUUCUGUAUUACUAUAUACUAUAUAUACGGCUUCGAAAAGCUUGAAAAAAGGAAGGCGGUAAAAUGGGGUGGGAAUUACACUUUUUUUUCAUCGACAAUUUUAAGAAUUGGGCUCUCGUGUUUUACAAGAUGGAGUCUGUGAACAAAAGGCACUUUGAGGGGAACAACCUUUAAAUGCUCGCUGACUACGACACUACGUCACAAGUACGAUGAAGGGUCAUUUACAAAGGGAAAGUGUUCAUAUGGGCACAGCAGGAGACGGAGCCCAUCUGAGUGUUAUUCUUCAACGUGAUUCAGUCUCUGGAACGUUCCUUGUCUUCCAAGAACCUGUCUGCACCGAGAAUAAUUGUCUAAAACUACAAGAACUUCUACAAAUACUUGGCUCACGUUACAACAUUUCUGAAAUCAUCACCAAGGUGAUUUUCUACGAGGACAGGAACUUCCAAGGCCGUUCCUGGGAGUGCAGCGGCGACAGCAGCGAUCUGUCCCCCUACCUGAGCCGCUGCCACUCCUGCAGGGUGGAGCGCGGCUGCUGGAUGGUGUACGACCGCACCAACUACACGGGCAACUCCUACUUCAUGAGAAGGGGCGACUACGCCGACUGCGUGACCGUGUGGGGAUGGGACAGGAGCAGCUUCAUCAGGUCUUGUCGCAUGAUCCCCAUGUCCAGGGGAGCCCACAGAAUUAGGGUCUACGACAGGGAGAACUUCACGGGCCAGAUGAUGGAGGUGACAGACGACUGCGACUCCUUCAUGGAGCGCCACCGCUGGUCCGGGGGCUGUCAUUCCUGCCACGUGGUGGACGGCCACUGGCUCAUGUAUGAACAGCCCCACUACAGGGGCAGGACAUGGUACUUCAGGCCCGGAGAGCACAGAAGUUUCCGGGACUGUGGCGGCAGGUUCAUGAGCAUGAGGCGCAUCAUGGACUCCUGGUAUUAAAAGUAAUGUGAAAAAAGAGCUCUUUU